UAUACAUAUAUAUGAAUCCAUGGAAUUAUAUCCUAUCACACACUCCCCUGCACUGUUGCGGUAAACAAACCUCCACGUAACCAAAAAUGCACCCUGACUGCUCGUGAAUAUUCAACUCCACCAACGUCAUCGAGCCACUUGAAGCUAGUCUGGGAACUUGGCCUCAAUCAUCCCAGGCACAACAAAAAACUAACAACAGCAAUUGGAACUCCCCUCUACCUCACAUCACGGAACGACAAUAACCUAAAGAUGGCCUCCAUCACGGAUUAUAUCGAUUUCUCCCAAACGAGCCUGCAUUUAGCUGCAGCCGCCAUUGCAUUCAAUCCCAUAUUCUGGAACAUCGUCGCCCGCCAAGAAUACCGCAACCACUUCCUAACCCGCAUCUUCGGCAGCCCCUACAAUGGCUGCUACGUCCUCGCCGUCGCCAUCUUCUCCCUAGGCAUACUACGCGACCACCUGUACAACAGAGCGCUGGCUGACCAGCCUUUCUACCAGCCUGUCUCGCAGCCGUAUCUAGCCUACGGCCUUUUCGCCACGGGGAAUACCCUCGUGCUCUCCAGCAUGUGGGCGUUGGGCCUCACGGGGACGUAUCUGGGCGAUUACUUUGGGAUCCUGAUGGAUGCGCCUGUGACUGGGUUCCCGUUCAAUGUCACGGGUUCCCCGAUGUAUUGGGGCAGCACGUUGAGCUUUUUGGCUGUGGCGCUAUACAAGGGCAAAGUGGCUGGUUUAUUGUUGACCCUGGAGGUGUUUGUGUGCUACUGGCUUGCGCUGAAGUGGGAAGACCCCUUCACCGCCGAGAUAUACGCAAAGCGUGAGCGAGACCGCGCCAAGUCGAAGAAAGGCGGUAAGCGCGCUUGAACCGCCUCCCUUCCGCCUAGUAAAUAUCCAAAGGACAAAUAACAGGCCUACCUUUAAAACUCCUCGGAUCUAUUCGGCUAAGGACUUCAACGCUCCCUGUCGAUGACGAGACGAA